GUUCAGUGUAUUCAAAGUGUGCAAUCCAUUCCCCGCAGGCACGCUGUCAAAUCCCAUUUUAAAGCCUUGGUUUUAUUAACACUGGAGCCCCCGCAUCUGGCACUGAGGGAUGGAGAACCUUCCAGAUUGUGGUCCAGUUUAAUUUUCUGAAAAAAGAUCAGCUCCGUGACUCUUCCCACAUGAGCUACCAGAGGCAUGGAGCUACGGGGACAGCUCUCCAGCUGCUUGUUCUGUGCCACACUCCUAGCAGCGAUUCCCUUUUCAGAGAGUUUUGAAGUCAGCUCAUCCCCAACUGUCACUGGCAUUGUCGGCCAGGAUGUGGUCUUACCCUGCCAGAUCUCCACUGGGACACAGCCAAACAAUAUGGAAGUGCAGUGGAAGAAAAUCAUCCAGGUACUUAUAGAGACUGUCCAUGAAUACAGAGGCCAGCCAGGCCAGGAUGUGCCAGGGCCGAACUACCAGGGCCGGACCAUGCUGUUGAAGGAUGGAUUCACCUCUGGGUCUGUGUCUUUAAAGCUGAAGAACGUCCGACCAGCCGAUGGGGGAACUUACAGCUGCAUUGUGAAGUCUAAUGAGUGGAGCGCUGAUGCUGCAACUGAGCUUAAAAUUGCAGCUGUUGCUUCCGUGUCCAUCGACGUGCUGGGUCCCCAGGACCAGGGGAUUGAACUAGCCUGCAGGUCAACAGGGUGGUUCCCUAGCCCUGAACUCCACUGGGUUACAAAGAAUGGGCAGGAUCUGCAGCCUGUGACCAAAACAGAGCAGGAUCAUGAACUUCUGUUCAGUAUUCUGAGUCACGUCACCGUCCUGGGAGAGGAAACUGGAGAAAUCAGCUGUGUUAUCCAGAACAGCCUACUGAAAACAGAACAGAAAUCUGUCAUUCUCCUCUCAGGUGAUAUUUUCCCUCAUGUUUCUCCAUGGCUGGCUGCAUUCUGGCUGUUAUUUACUUUCAAUCUUCUUGCGAUUGGUGCCUGUGCCUUUUUCGGAUAUAAAGUCAAGCAGAAGAGGUCUAAGAAAAAAACAUCAAAAGAAGAGACUUUAUUCCUAAUGGACACUGAGAGGAAGGCAUUGGAAUCAGAGUGUCAGGAGCUGAAGGAACGACUUGGCAGAGCAGUCACAGAACUAGAUUUCAGGAGGGCUCGGAGCUACAUGGUUCCUGUCACCCUGGAUACACAUUGCAAACAUCCUGAACUCACCGUGUCUGAAGAUGGCAGAAGAGUCCAGCAUGACCCCCCAUCCCCAGGGCUGGCUGCCCCCUCUGGGUCCCUGCUUGCUGUGGGGAGGGAGGGGUUUGUGGCCAGGAGAAAUCGUGGUGGGGAGGGCGAGGUUUGCAGGUGGUACUGGGAGGUGGAGGUUGGGGACAGCCUGGACUGGGAGCUGGGGGUGCUGAGUGAGUCUGUGAGGGACACAGUGAGACAGGAGAAGCUGGAGAGACCCCCUGAGGGGGAGUGCUGGGUUCUGAGGAGAUCUGAGGGGCAGUAUCACCCCAGGGAGGCAGACACUGUGAUCCAGGGCUGGGGUGUGAAGCCAAAAGUGGUUGGAGUAUAUCUGAAUCUAGGAGUGGGGAGUCUCUCGUUUUAUAGUGUCAGUGGAAUGGCCUUUAUCGUGGAGAUUCCUGUUGAAUGUUCUCAGAGAUUGUUCCCAUUCCUCAGCCCUGGUUACUCUGCAGGGAGGGACAAGGGGGAAUCCCUCAGCAUCUGCCCCCCCAGUGACUGGGAUUUAUUGCAGAAAUUAGGGAAUAGUCAGGGAGACACCACAGCCCCUGCACAGUCUCCUGCCCCCAAAGAUGGGGAAGGAGCUGGAAACAAUACACGUUCAUCUGCAUCAGGAGAAACAUCCCCAGCCUCUGGAGAUUCCCCUGCCCCUGGAGAUGGGGAUGAGAAAGAAAUCAGCACUGUGUCACUUGUGAGAGAAAAUACUCCAAAGCUCCAGCCCAUCAAUCAGUUCCCAAAGAGGAAAGAAGAUAAAACAGAUCAAGAACAUACACAUCUAGAAACACACUCAAAAGCAGAAGGGGGAAAAGAAAAGCCAAAAGCCAGAGGUCAAAAAUUCCACCUGAAAGAUUUUUUCCGAGUGGGCAAAGACUUGAAUCCAGAGGUGAUCUGUGUCACCGACUCACUUGUUCCAGGGAUUCCAGGGCCAGGAAAUAUGAUGGGGGAAUCAGACCCAACCACUGAAACCUUGGGAAGAACUUUGCCUGAAAGAAAAAGUGGGGAAAUAGAAACAUUUAAGGACUUUUCUCCCCCCUGAACUCAAAUGGAAACUACAACAAUUAGUGCUGUUUUAAAACUCAAACAAGAAUGUUGUAAUUGGAGGGAACUACAUCAAUGCUACUGUUAACUUUCGGAAUUUAAAUACACAGAAGUUAGGGAAGGGAAGUUUUUUCCAUUAACAUUAACAUAUUGCAGACAUACAUACUCUGAUCCUGCCUGUGUUAGUGGAUCACAGAAUGAGGCACUCUGUAUAUAGGACCAAAUUUUGAUAUCCUUACUCAUGUGGAGUAACCUCUUAGUUCCAUUAACUUCAGUGAGACUAAUCCUAGGGUAAGGUACCAUGCAGCAUGAACAGAGGCAUCAGACUCAGGCCAGUAAUAAAUAGUGUGUGCAGUAUGGAUGAGUUACUGUUACUCUGAGAACUUUACCUUUUGCACUUCCUGACUUUUGGUCUAUUUACAUACUCAGUAAAUAGGGCCAAUAUUUUUCAGAGAGGGAGAAAAGGUGCAAGGACCACUGCUGCACAUGCUGUUGAGGUGAGCCAAUGCUUGUUUGGUUACUUAGACACCUUAAAUAGGUAAAUGUAUGUGCAAAUGGCUAAUUUACACUUGCAGUUGUGGUAACUGUAUCUGCAAAUGUUAGUGUACAAAGGCACAUCCAUAUUUUACAGGGAAAGUGGGCCUCUACAUUGGGACUCUUAGCCCAUGUCUACACUACCAGCUAAAUCAGCACUGCUCCGAUCGAUGCAGCAGUGUCGAUUUAGCAGGUCUGGUGAAGACACACUAAGUCAAUAGGAGAGCACUCUCCCAUUGGCGUCUGUACUCUACUUCCCAGAGAGGUGGAAGUUAGCGUCUCCAGUCAACAUAGUGUGGUAUAGACAUCCCGUAAGUCGACUUAAGUUAUGUCGACUUCAGUUACAGAACUCUUGAGUAACAGUAACUCAUCUGGACUGCACACACUGUUUAUUACUGGCCUGAGUCUGAUGCUGAAUGGUACCUUACCCCAAAGUUACAUAAAUGAAGUAGCGUAACUUAGAUCGACUUACAGCGUUAGUGCAGACCAGCCCUCAGUGUUAGCACACCUAACUUUUAAGUACCUAGAAAAUCACUGGGAGUCACAAAGCCUGAAUUUGGUGCCCAGGUUCCCUGUACAAUGCAUGGGAUGAGAUAAGCACCUAAAAAAGGAAUGAACAAAAGCCAGCACACUAGGCAGGAAGCCUCCUAAAUUAGGUAGUUGGAGUAAGGUUGCCAUACAUCCAGGUUUUCCCAGAUGUUGACUCUUUUUUGAGCCUUUAUCCUGUGUCUGGGCGGAUUUUUCAAAUAACAAGCAAUGUCCGGGAUUUUUGCAGAGCAGUCGUUGCAGCUCAGAAAGAGUAGUGAUUGGUCCACUUCCUGAUUGGUCCCUCCCCUGCAUCUGCAGCUGAUUGGUCCAUUUCCCAGCAAGCCACAGCUACCAGAUCCCACCCACCCAGGCCCCCAAUCCCAGCCCUGGGGAAGGGGUCCCACAGGGAGGUGCUGACUGAUGGAUGGAGCUGCAUCCUGGCCUUGUGCCAGCUCCCCUGCCACCAUGACAGGGAGCAACACUGCCCUCCAACUCCAGUAAAUACCCCUGCCACAGGUACCUCCUCCAGCUCCCACAACUGUACCCCCCCUUUGGCUCUCCCUUCCCCCUCUCAGUGUCCUCUUUUUGGGAACCUGAAAUAUGGUAACCUUAAAUUGAAGAUGCUGAGCUGAGGGUUGUAUGCUAAGCUUGCCCCUCCCCUUCAGGCAGUUCCGCACCUAAGUCUGGCCUGGAAGGAGGCCUGAGCUCUGCUUGCCCUUCUCAGGUGAGAAUCCUCUCCUGGAAUUAGGCAUCUAAGGCAUUUCUUCUUUGUGCUGGAGGAGGCCUUCCCUCAUAACUGUUAGCCUAGUGGUUAGGGUACUCACCUGGGAUGUGGCAGACCCAAGUUCAGUUCCCGCAGUCCCUGAUGACGAGAAGGGCUUUGAACAAGUAUGCCCUUAUCACUGAGCUACAGGAUAUUCUCAGUGGCUUGCUCCUCAGCCUCUCCUAUUGAAGUUGUUCCAGUGAGAGUGCAAGCAUGAGAAUGACUCUCUAACCUGGUGGUUAGAGCACUCACCUGGCAGACCAAGGAUCUUGUUCCAAUGACUCCUUAAUGAUUUAGUUGGAACAGCUUCAACAGGAAAGAUUAAAAGAAAACAGAAAGUCUCAUAGUCCACCGACUAGGGCAUGCACCUGAGAAGGGGUAGAGUCCAGUUCAAAUCCUUUUUUCCUUAUCAGGCAGAGGGAGGACUUAAACCAGGUAUCUCCCACACCCAAAGUCAGUAUCCAAACCACUGGGCUAAGAAUUAUAAGGGAGUGGCUCCUCCUCCUCUCCCUUAUACUUUAUGUGGAGUUAGGUGGCCUCGGAGCAUGCCCACCGGAUCAGGCCCACAAGCAAGUUAGGUGGAGGAAAGUCUGUCUUUCCCUGAUUUGUACAUCACUCUGGGGCUUGGGCGUCCACUUGCCCAGAGGCAGGAACAUAGGCACGGAGGCAACCUUUACUUCAAAAAUGUAGGUGCUGUGUGAGUUUAGGCACCUAUAUGGUUUGGGGACAGCUGAGCGGGGGCUUUUGUAAAUUCCAGUGGGGCCUGAUUCUGGGAUUUAGAUGCCUAAAGUGUCAGUUAAGUAUCUAACUUUGUGAAUAUAGCCCUAGGGGAGUUAGGAGCCAUUUCCAAAAGGUGCCCUAGGCACAAAAGGCCAUAUUUUAAAAGAUAUUCAGACACCUAAAGACACAGGUACAUGGGAUUUUCAAAAGUACCUGACACUCAUUGAUUUCAGUGAGAGUUCUGCACCCAUAGCACUUCUCAAAAUCCUACUAGGUGCCUGUAACAGGCUCACCAUGCUGGAGGUGCCUCCUUGCCACAGUAAAAUCCAGCAUUGCAGUAACUCCCCCUGCCACCUCCCAAGGGCUCUGGUGGGCUGGUGUGGUAACUUAGUCCUCCAGCUGAGAUACACUCAGGUUUAUCCCCUCUUCCAGAGUAACCCAGUUCCAAACCCAAGAAUG